CUGUCUAGACACCGGACAGGAAGCCUGCGCGGUGCAACGGGCUGUGAGCCGGAGGUUGGCUCUGGGACGUGAUGUGCCGCUGGAAGCAUCUCAGGGGGGCCGGCCGGCCGGCGCGAGGGGCAGGGCCAGCCUUGCAUCAUCCCCGGCGGGCUGCAGCGGCGGCGCGGGCGCCUUGCCUAGCCGGGGCUGCAGCAGCAGCGGGCGGCCAGCACCGGCCGGCGGCAUGGAGAAGCCGAGCGAGAGCUGGAACGGCCACGUGCAGGGCGACGCCCUGGCCGGGCUGGAGGCGGCGGCGGCCCGGGGGCUGCCCGCGGAGCCGGCCCGGCGGCGGGGCUGCGGCCGCUGCCUGAGGAAGCACAGCCUGGUCAUGCUGACCGUGGCCGGCGUGCUGCUAGGGGUGGCCCUGGGCGCGGCCGUCCGCGGCGCCCACCUCAGCCGGGCGCAGGUGGCCGCCCUGGCCUUCCCCGGGGAGCUGCUGCUCCGCAUGCUGCGGAUGGUCAUCCUGCCGCUGGUGGUCUGCAGCCUGGUCUCCGGCGCCGCCAGCCUGGACACCCGGGCCCUGGGCAAGCUGGGGGGCAUCGCCGUCGCCUACUUCAUGGGCACCACCCUGGUGGCCUCCGCGCUGGCCGUAGCCUUGGCCUUCAUCAUCCGACCGGGGGCCGGGGCCCAGGCGCUGAACACCAACGCCCUGGGGCUGGCCGACGCCCUGCCCACCAACAAAGAGACGGUGGACUCCUUCCUGGACCUCGCCAGAAAUCUGUUUCCUUCCAACCUGGUUGUUGCAGCUUUUCGAACGUAUGCAACGGAUUAUAAGAUAAUAGUAAGAAACAUCUCUGUUGGAAAUGUUACGUUUGAGAAGAUCCCUAUUGGCACAGAGAUCGAAGGGAUGAAUAUUCUGGGACUGGUUUUGUUUGCUCUGGUUUUGGGAGUAGCUUUGAAAAAGCUUGGCCCAGAAGGAGAAGAACUGAUUCGUUUCUUUAACUCAUUCAAUGAGGCAACUAUGGUCUUGGUGUCUUGGAUUAUGUGGUAUGUGCCUAUUGGCAUUACAUUCCUUGUUGGAAGCAAGAUUGUAGAAAUGGAAGAUAUUGUCCUUCUGGUAACCAGCCUGGGAAAAUACAUCUUUGCCUCAAUUCUGGGUCACGUCAUCCAUGGAGGAAUCAUUUUGCCACUUAUAUAUUUUGCAUUCACACGCAAAAAUCCUUUCAGCUUUCUCUUAGGACUUAUAACACCAUUCGCAACAGCCUUUGCCACUUGUUCAAGCUCAGCUACUCUCCCAUCAAUGAUCAAGUGUAUUGAAGAAAACAAUGGAGUAGACAAGAGGAUCAGUAGGUUCAUCCUUCCUAUUGGGGCCACUGUGAACAUGGAUGGAGCCGCCAUAUUCCAGUGCGUGGCAGCUGUGUUUAUUGCUCAGCUGAAUAAUGUUGACCUCAAUGCUGGACAGAUAUUUACUAUUCUUGUGACUGCCACUGCAGCCAGCGUUGGAGCGGCUGGAGUCCCAGCUGGAGGAGUUCUGACCAUUGCUAUUAUCCUGGAGGCCAUUGGACUUCCCACCAACGAUCUAUCCUUGAUAUUAGCAGUGGACUGGAUUGUGGACCGAACCACCACUGUUGUGAACGUUGAAGGAGAUGCCCUGGGAGCAGGUAUCCUUCAUUAUCUGAAUCAAAAAGAAAAGACGUCGAAAGAGCAGGAGCUAAAUGAAGUCAAUGUAGAAGCAAUUCCCAACUGCAAAUCUGAAGGGGAAACAUCACCUCUGGUAACACACAGGAACCAAGUCCCCACCCCAGCCAGCACUGCGGAGCCAGAGUCAAAAGAAUCAGUACUGUGAACUCGGGGAAAACUUGCAAACAGGUGGACUGCUGCCUUGUUAACAUGCUAGACCAUUUGCACUGCUGUUAGGGACUAGCUGUGUGUUCACAUUUGAGUUUCAGUGGCAAUGAUUUGAAGCUACAGACUUGUUAGGCGUAUGUCUGUCUGUCUCUCCCUGGAGAGAGCAAUCACUUCACAAUGAUGUUAUGAUGUUUCCUACAACACAGGUAUGUGUGUGGUGUGUGUACAUGCAUACAUGCAUAUGACAACAGUACCAAUAAGGAUUCUUUUUUGGGGUUAAAAAGAUAUUUAUUAGUAAAAGUCCAUGGGGAGGGGAAAAGAGGCUAAACAGAGAGGACAUACUGGUUGUAGAUGGAAUUUGCACCACAAACAGGUCUGAGAACUAGGGGAUCCUGAGUGGCAGGGUAAUGUUAUGCAGGAACCAGUACUUUCUCAGAAACACCUAUUUAAUAGUAUCAAGUGGGAAAAGAAAUGCACUUUCUAUAACACACACACACCCUCCUUGUCCUUUGUGCACACAUUACAGCAAAUAAAUACUGAAGACCAGUAAUUUUAAAAUCCAAAU